UUCGACUGAGUUGCUCAUUUGAUUUUAAGAUUCUCAAAUGGUUAAACUGUUUGUUGGAAGUAUUCUGCCGACGAAAGUGAGAGACGUCGAUCUAAGAAGAGAAUUUGAGCGAUAUGGGCGGGUAAAAGAAGCAUGUGUGUUGAAGAAUUACGGCUUUGUUCACAUGGCGUACAAAGAAGAUGCAGAGAGAGCUAUCAAGUAUUUGAAUAGAAAGACGCUCAAUGGCUGCCAAAUGGCAGUCAUGUAUUCGGAAACCGCUGAUUACGGCAAGCGAGACCGACCAGAUGCGGGUUAUCGUGGAGGCUAUGGAGGCGAAGGAGGUGGCCGUGGAUACUAUGGCGGCCCCAGUCGCGGUGGAGGUCAGGGAUAUGGUGGCGGCGGCGGUGGUGGUGGUCGUGACGGUGGUGGGUAUUAUGACAGCAGAGAUCGAUACCCUCGUGAGCGUGGAGGCGGUGGUGGUGGUGGUGGUUAUCGGUCGCGCUCUCGAUCCAGAAGCAGACACGGUUACGAUCAACGAAGACAAGACUCCUAUCAGUAUCCCAGUCAGAGAUCGUCUCAGCACUAUCAACCGCAUUAUCCGCCGCGUCGUGAACCAGCUCCUCGAUAUUCCAGAUCGCGAACACGGUCGCCGCCGCCUGUGGAGAAGCCACGUCGUAGAAUGACCAGAUCGAGGUCUAGAUCAUACGAGGUGCAGCAUCGUCCAGUGCGAGAAACAGCAGGCGGAGUGCGAGAGAGAUUAGGGAAGCACGGAGGAGCUGUGCCUGCUGCGAGUGCGAGGUCCAGAACCAGGAGUAGAAGUUUGCAGCCGAAGGCUGUUGUUCACCGAGAGAGCAGAAGUGGGAAGUCACACCAGGCCCCGGCAGAGUACGAGCCAGUUUCGAGAAGUCCAUCGCGAGAGUCAGUCGAGAGGUCUCGCCCUCAUAGGAAAUAAAACAGCAAUCUACCAAACGGACAAUUUUAAAAAUCGUUCAACGGGGCGAUUAAAAUGAGCGAGUGAUAUUUCGAACUUGCGAGUGAUUGAUUGAUGCGUUACGGUGAAUUAGUGUUUGCGCGUUUUGCGAUGCGAGUUUAGUUUGCGAUGGUUCACUUGUAAUAAACCGAGUUAUUAUAAUACUUGCAGCACUUGUCGCUAUAACGAAACCAGGCGCAAGAGAAGCGAUUCUUUAGAAAAGUGGGAAGAGACAUUGUGAUCAGUCUUUAGACUUCAGCGAAAGGUAAUGCUCUCGAAUCCUUCUUUGAUAUACGAAUAGACAACGAUUAAGUUAAAAAGUGACAAUAAACAAUCAUUGGAAUGCAAAAAGUUGAAAAGAAAAACGACCGGUCAUGGCAUUGUUUGAUAUGCGCUUUUCGAAACAGCAAAUUAACAGUUUGAUCUAAGUAGCAACCAGAUACAGGGAGCUUUUAGUCGACCGAUGACUCGUCAUCUCUUCUGUGUGGACGAAAACGUGUCAUUUUAACUGCGAGGGCUCAUGUUUGUCAAACCUAGCUAUUUCUUCCAACAGUAUUUCCGGUAAAGUGAAGUUUUCAUUUUCUAUUUUGAAAGAGUUCUUUACUUGGCAGAUUCAAGUUGAAUUGCUGGAUAGCUCUUUGUUAUACUUGGAUCAGUAUUUGUAAUUUAUUUCAUUUCAGAGACAAUUUUUUUUCGCAAAAGUGUAAAAUUUGAUUUUUUGAACAACAUUGCGUCUGUCAGAGUAAUGUUUAUUACCCUUGUGAUAGCAAGGGUAUUGCAAUCAGGUAGUAGGCUUUUUUCCCGUAAACAACUUUGUCCACAAUUUUGGUACCUUGGUUCAUUGCUAAUUCAAGCUUUUUAGUGCAUCUUGCCCACUUAGCAUGGUGGUAACGAAUACGCCGGGGACGGCAAAGGUCAUGGGUUGGAAUAAGGGUUUGAAAAAAAUUUCGGCCUCUUAUUUGUCUGCUUCUGUUUUGUCGGCUUAGUUGCCGCAUCUAAGAAUCGUUUAUUUUAGCUGUAUUCAGUUACUGCAAUUAUUUCCGGCAUUUUAAAAAUCCGGCCGAAUAGAAAUUUGCUUUUCAAUUUGUAAUUUUACCAGCUCGAUUUGUUGUAAUCUUUAUUAUGCAAAAUUAUAUUAUGCAUAAGAGAUCUCAAUUUUAAUACAUGCUUUGCUCAAGUACUCAAAAUUACCACCUAUUGUAACAUCACCCUUUAUUUUUGCUCCAACCACCCCAUAGGUCGUUUUUAUCCCACUGAAAUUUGACAACCUGAAAGAAAGCUUUAAGCGGUCAAAGGAGAUAUCGUAUUGAAGUUAUUCCAGUCGUGACUCGAAUUCUUUAAAAUCAUAAAAAUUAUCGCAGUGUAGAAAACUGGUCUGAUUUUUUUAAACAUUCAGACUCAAACUUCACACUGGUCCUUUCAACGAGGAACGAGUUUGUACUUUAAAAUUGUAAAUAAUUGGUCAAUUUAUGGUAACUGCAUGGUAUAAUCUGUGUACUCACAUGAAAAAAAAAGUUUCGUUCGAAAAGAUCGAAACUCGUUUUUUUUGCAAUUCUUUUUGAGCCUUAAUAACUGGUCAGAACAGUUUGUGCUAAUUUCAGGUAAAUUUGUUGCUGUUGUUCUGUUUCAUGCUUUUGAUUUUACAUGCGAGAGCUAGUGAACUUCUAAUCAUGAACUGGGCUUUUUCCAUAAAGCAACUUUUCUUACAAAUCUAGGAAAUUGACCUCGCUUCAUUAUGAAACCGAAGGUUAAGGUCCCAGUUGGAACUUUUUGUGUAAAAAAGAUGUUAAGGGGAAAAUUCGAAUGGUCGGCUAUCGUUUGUCUUUUUUGUACGCUUACUCUCCGAGUCAUCGAAUCUAUUUUCUCUCUCUAUUUUUUGUAUUAUUGUACUGAACCAAAACAACUUGUUCUUUAAAUUUUUGUUGACAGUGCUUUUAAAAUGUUCCAUUUUCCCCUUUAAGGAUGAAAUAGAUUGAGUCAAAAUUACCAUUUUUUGUGAUAUUUUGGUUCCGAUUUUUGGAGAAUAAAUUUGUGUAAAAUCUUUGUGAUAUUUUGGUUCCGGUUUUGUCAGAAUAAUUUGCACAAAAAUGAAAAAAAAACGCUUUAAAACAUUUUUAAAGACUGUAUUCAAAUGGAUGCAGAUUUUUCAAUUAAGAUAAAUUUUACAUAAAAAAAUUAUUUUCUGUCUGAAUAGUUAACUGAUGUUUUCUUUUAUUUUCGUUUGAUUAUUUCUUUGUGGAAAGCGUUUUGUGUAAGGAAAACUUCAGGAAUAUUCGGACUGUCUCCCCUACGUAUAGAGUUUUGUUUUGAUUCAAGUAACUUCAACUAUAAUUGAAUUUCGCUCUGCUUUUUUUAAAUUUACCAACUCUGAUUUUCUUUAUUUUUAUUUCUUUCUCUCGGAAAUGGUUUCCGCAUAUGUUCUAUCAACUUAGUCACUUAUAUGGCGUUUUUUGAAAUUUAAAAUGGUGUUUAUGCUUUUGUGUGUUUCAAGAGGUAGGGUAGGUAAAAUCUUAGUCGAUCCUAAGGUUUUACCUUCCAUACCUGUCUGAAUAAGGUUGUUCUUUAAGUUUUUAUUGACCGUGUUUUUGAAAUGUUCAUUUUUCCCCGUUAGGAUGAACUAAGUCGAGCCAAAACUGCCCUUUUUUGGUUCCGGAUUUUGCAGAGUAAUUUGCAUGAAAAAUGAAAAAAAACCGCUUUAAAAAAUUUUGAAAUACGCUAUUCAAAUGGAUGCAGAUUUUCCCAUUAGGUUAAAUUUUCAAAAAUUUGGCUCACAAUUUUUCAAGACACCAAUUUUGUUUUCGGCUCAGCGGGCGACUACCUGAGUAUGCCCGGCUUAGUUGCUGCUCGGUACAGGAUUCUGAGUACCUUUUCAAUGUUAGUGAUUGUGUUUCUCGUUAUGUUUUCCUAAAUUGAAUAUCAUACAAAACAAACUUAUGAAAUGUAGUUUUUUUUCCACCUUUUUGAUAUAAUUUUUCGACGUAGUGGCUCUUAGAUUUUUGGUUUCAAAGUGAAAUUAAAUUCAAAGAUUUCCAAGCGGCAUGAAGGUUAAGUUCUUUAUUGGUUCAGUUUUGUCAAAUUGGUUUAGUUUUAUGCGAAAAAUGACAAUCAUAAAGGAUCCUAUACCUUUCUUUUAAAAUAAUUCGAAGAAUAAGUCGUUUUUCGGUUUUCUUGAGUUCAUCGGUAUAUUCAACCGUUUGUUGGUUAUGUUUUCAUAUUAUGUUGUCUUGAGUUAUCCACGCUUUUCCUGUAGUUCUAAGGUUUGUAUUUACAAAAAGAUAGGUAUAUUGCAUCCUUUUUUGUACUACGAGCUCGUAAUUUCAAUGAUGUUUUAAUCAUGAAUUUUAAAGUUUUAAGCUAUGAGAUGGUUGUUUCAAUGCUGUCAUGAAUCAUGGAACGUUUUUUUAAAUAAGCGUGGUAAAGUUAACAUCAAGCUGUAAUUUGUUUUGAUUGUGACGGAUUGUUUGAUACAGACAUGCAUAUUGGUGGGAAAAGCUCUUCACAUGAUUUUAUCGGGAGACUUCGUUAGUUGUCUUGCACAGCCCAGCUGAAGCAAGAGUGACGUGGGUGGAUGCAGCUUCUGGAACAAGCCCUCUCAAUGAGCAACGGAAUCAUGUAAAAGGAUAUUCAUACUGUCGAGUUUUCUGGAGCAUGCUCAGUAACAGAGUUGCUUUGCAUUCAAUGCUCACGUUUUGAUGCAGUGAUCAUUACAUAGAAAACUCAACCAGGAGUAUGCUGGAUGAACAAACGUUGCGGAGAUAAAAGUUGCAGCUGCCUGAAAAAAAGACAGAAUUAAAACUGCUAAAACAGUGUCACAAGAUUCAUUUUGAACUUAAUGUGUUUUUAAAGUGCAUCGAGCCUCAUUGUUCCGACCACCAAUUACCCACCCUCUUCCCCUUAUAGGAGGUGGGAAGCAAAUAUGGCAUAGGUGUUUUUUCCCGAUUUUGACUACCUCAAACAAAACUCGAAGGGGGUAAAUACGGUAUCAUAUUAAAGCCC